AUGGCCCUGGUCUCACCGAAGGUCCUGCGUGCGGCCACAAUUGCGAUUUGUUUGCUUCUUGUUGUUACGCUAUGGCACUUUCAAAGCAGCACUCUGCAACAACUGCCUCGCUUUAGCUAUGGCAGCAGUACCGGUAUCGCGUCUGGAUCCUCCUCUUCGACUUCGACCGUCACCUCUGAAAACAGCAAUAAAAUUACCGACGACAACAACAAUGCGGCCUCGGCGUCGCUCACGGCCGCGGCUGCUGGCACAGUCGACUGGUCCCGCUACGCAUACGUCCAAUAUGUCACAAACACCGCCUAUCUGUGCAAUUCAGUCAUGCUCUUCGAAAUCCUCCACCGAUUGCAAAGCAAACCCGAUCGGUUGCUGAUGUACCCGUCCGAUUUCUCGGUAGAUACCGAAGACGACUCGACCGAGAGCUACCUUCUUCGCAAAGCUCGCGAUGAAUAUCAAGCGAAACUCAUGCCUAUAGAGGUCCAGAGUCGCAUCUCCGGCGAUCCCACAUGGGCGGAAAGUUACACAAAACUCCUUGCAUUCAACCAAACUCAGUACGACCGAGUGCUGAGCUUGGAUUCCGACUCGACUAUUCUACAGCCAAUGGACGAAUUAUUUUUGCUUCCAUCGGCCCCAGUCGGGAUGCCUCGCGCGUACUGGCUGGAUUUUAACGAUCGUGUGCUCAGUUCGCAGCUGGUUCUCAUCGAGCCAUCGGAGUUUGAAUUCAAUCGCAUUUCGGCUUCCAUCGCCUCAGCCGGCUCGACCGAAUAUGAUAUGGAAAUCUUUCGAUCGAAGAAGCAUGCCGAUUAUCUGGGCAAUUCAGAGGAAGCAUGGGACCCUGAAAAAGUCCUAAACGAGGCAAAAUUUUUGCACUUCUCGGACUGGCCUGUUCCCAAGCCAUGGAUAGCUGCAAGUCCCUCUGUUAUUCAAGAAAAGCAACCCACGUGCGACUUGAACCCGGCAACUGGGCAAGAAGACGAUUGUCGAGCACGUGAUAUCUGGCUGGGAGUCUACGAAGACUUUGCGAAGCGACGAAAGAAUGUGUGCGAUCUGUCUGUCGAGCGAAAGGUAAAACGAAGUAGUCCUACGAACGAUUCGCCUGAACAACCUAGUCGCUAUGAAUAUAUAGUUUGA